CUCGUUACCGACAUAAAUUUGCAUUAUUAAUUUUAAUUAUAUUAAGUAUUUGUAGUUUAUAUUUCUGAUUCCAACAACUUAAGUAAAGGUUAAAUGCCAUAUAUAUAUGAAUAUGGAUAGUUGUUUUGUAGAUAUCGUAACAGAAUUCUUAGGAGUUGCAUUUCAUUGUAUUUUGUACCAUACAUCAAUUUAUCCCAAGAGUAUAUUUGAAACGAGAAAGAAAUAUAAUAUUGUAGUUUUUCGAUCCCGUCAUCCCGAAGUAAACCAGUAUAUAGAUUUAUGUUUGAAAAACGUCUCAGAAUGCUUGAAACUCGGUAAUUUAAAACGUGUGGAGUUUGCAGUAACAGAUAAUGCUUACAAACCAGUACUGAGGUUUGUUUUCGACUUCGAUCAAUUGGCUAGCUAUAAUGAUACAACUGAUGCCUACUUGGUUGCGACUGAGCAGAAUUUACGAGGAUUUUGCCUUCGGUUAGCUGCUUCAAGUGAAAAGUUCAUCAAAAUUGCUGAAGAUGGUAGUUUUACUAUCUAUAUACACACAAAUGAGUCAUCGGCUAUUGCUAUGGCAAGCAAUCCUGAUUUAGAAGAUUUUCCUCUAGUGGAAGUUGAAGAAAAAGUAAAUGAAUCAAGCAAUAUUCUUCCAAUAAGGAGAUUCUCAGUUAGAAAUUAUAACAUAGACACAUAUGUAGAGAUGAGUUGAUAUUUUAUUUUUAUAAAAGUUUAUUGUAAAGUACAAAUAUAUAAAUCAUAAAAAAAUAUAUACCUAUUGAUUGUUAUCUGAUAAAAAAUAUAUUGUCAUUAGUAAAUAUUACACCCA